GUUGCAAAAUUGAUUACCUCAAAACCCUAAUAGAGGCCUAGCCGUUUUCUUCUUCCUUGGGAGAGAACGCAAUGAUGAUAUCCGAUCUUCCCCACCAUUUACUAGAGGAAAUACUCUCUAGGGUUCCGGCGACAACUCUGAUACGGUUGCGACCUACUUGCAAACAAUGGAAUGCUUUACUGAAAGACCAAAUAUUCACCGAAAAGCACCACCGUAAAGCUCCAAAGCAGCCUUUAUUUCUCAUGUUGAAGGAGUUUAGGAUUUGUCCAGUCAGCGUUGAGAUCGAUCUCAGCGUCACUGCUCCAUCUAUAGAGUUUAAGGAUGCACUUGACCUGAAGGGUUCCCACUCUAGUUCACAACAAGUCAACAUAGUGGAAGUAAUUCACUGCGAAGGUUUGUUGUUAUGCAUUACCAAAUACAAUAAGCUCGUAGUUUGGAAUCCAUUUUUAGGGGAAACAAAAUGGAUCCAAUCAAGUAGUCGUCAUUACAAGAAAAGGUCUAGUUUUGCUCUAGGAUACAGAACCAACAAAUCUUGCCGUGACUACAAAAUCUUGAGGUAUUGGCAGAGUUACAGGAGCAAAGACCAAGUUGUGGAGUUUGAAAUAUAUGAAUUUAGAUCUGAUUCAUGGAGGUUUCUUGAUGGAAUCUCGCUCGACUACUAUAUACAUGGAAGUGGAUGCGUAUCCUUGCAAGGAAACACAUAUUGGGUUGCUUCAGAUCGAAAAGACGAGAUUUCUAUAUUCUUACUCAGUUUUGAUUUCUCAACAGAAAGAUUUAGACGUUUAAAUCUUCCUCCAGUUCCGCCAACUAUGAUGCUAUCUCUUGUUAGAGAAGAACAAAUCUCAGUGUUACAUAUGAAAUAUUUUCCAUUAAAAAUGGAGCUGUGGGUGACCAGUAACUUUGGUACUGAAGCUGCCUUGUCAUGGAGCAAGUCCUUUGAAGUGGAUUUACACGUUCUUGAAGAACGUUACCCGUUCUUCCCGACUUUUUUACUCGACGAGGACAAGAAAGUGGUCGUGUGCCCAGGACCAAGUGGUUGGAACAUGAAGAACGUGGUCUACAUUAUUGGAGAGGACGAUGAAUAUCACACAGAAAUCCCUUAUGAAAAUUCUACACAGAAAUCAUGGUGGCCACGUAUAUUCAAUUAUAUUCCAAGUUUUGUUCAAAUCCAGCAACGAACACAGACACAAAACACAAGAAUGAAAUACGAUUUCAUAUCACCAGAAGAAAAGAAGACGCAGUAGCCACACUUAGACUGUCGAUGUCAACUUGUUUUACAUGCAUGUGAGAUGAUUUCUGUCAGGGUAUCUCGUGGGAGCUUCUCAAGAAUUGAGAGAGGGAUGGUUUCGACUCAUUAUUAUGUUGUCUGAUUUUUCAAGUUUUGUGUUAUUUGUCUUUGAUCGAUUGCGCGCGAGUUUAUAUAUGUAAUCUCUAUACAUUUGAUGCCAACAUUCCGGUAGAUUUUAUGUGUGCGAAUCCUUUUUAUUAUAUGUACGAGGGGCUCGCCCCCGCGCAAGA